GUACUUUGAAUUUUAUGACGGCCCUUUGGAGUACAACUCUACAAAAUGCCUGGAUCUAAGGCGGGAAAUAAUGGAGUUGAAGGUUCUCUCGCUAACGAAGCAGACAGAACUGUUUGAAAGGUGGAAGAAUCUUCAGAUAUGCAAAUGGGAGAUGAAUAUCACCGAAGCCAACUUCUUCAAGUCUACUUUGUCCAGGUGCUGCAAUGCACCAGCUUUCCUCUUCACAACCCAAAAGAACACGCCCCUGGGAACAGAGCUGAAAUACGAAGUAGAUACCAGCCGCAUCUUCCAUAUCAACAAUGAAGUAUUCAGAAUGUUUCCAAAGGAGAUGCCCUACUAUCGUUCCCAGUUUAAGAAAUGUGCAGUGGUUGGAAAUGGAGGGAUUCUGAAGAACAGCCAGUGCGGCGGUGAGAUCGACAGUGCCGAUUUUGUGUUCCGGUGCAAUUUGCCCCCCAUAUCAAAGAGAUACGUUGCAGACGUUGGUGUAAAGACUAACAUUGUGACGGUGAACCCCAGCAUAAUUACUGAAAGGUUUCAGAAGCUAGAGAAAUGGAGGAAGCCUUUCUACGAUGUCUUGAAAGUGUAUGAAAAUGCCUCCGUGUUGCUUCCUGCCUUCUAUAACACCCACAAUACCGAUGUCUCCAUCCGGGUCAGGUACGUCCUGGAUGACUUUGAAUCAAAGAAGGCUGUCUAUUUUUUCCACCCCCAGUAUCUCAUUAACGUUUCACGCUACUGGCUGAAUCAAGGGGUGCGGGCAAAGCGUGUCACCACAGGGCUGAUUCUUGUGACAGCUGCCUUGGAGCUGUGUGAAGAAGUGCACCUUUUUGGAUUCUGGGGUUUCCCCAUGAACCCCUCAGGGAUAUUUAUAACUCAUCAUUACUACGACAAUAUCAAACCUCGGCCCGGAUUCCAUGCAAUGCCUUCAGAGAUCUUCAACUUUAUCCACAUGCACACCAAAGGGAUUUUAAGAGUUCACACGGAUGCCUGUAACUUUCUCUGAUCCGGUUCAUUGGAUGGUUUUUGGAAAUGAAAAGAUCACCAAAACAUCCAGGUGUUUUUUGGUUCUUUGCCACAUUCUGAAGAAAAAAAGUGGUGGGGGCGGGGGUGGGGAUAAAUAUGUCAACUGGGCAGGUGUUCGGUGUAAAAGAAUUUUAAUGCUUCAAGAAAAUUAUGCAAUAAUAGUUGAGCUUACAUUUCUCGUAAGGUUUGCUUUCCUUCAGAGUUGGUAUUCUGCUACCAUCUUUUGCUAACCAGCCAUGUUGGAUUGCUGUCUUUUGGGUGAAGCACAUCUUAGUGUUGCAGGAAUGAGGGUUCUGUCCUAGAGCCUGUAAUGAGUAAAGCACAUUACCUAAAGGUUUUACAGUAGAUACACAGCACAUUGCUGUAGUGAUUCAGUAUUUCAGGUCCAGGAAGACACCAAACGUGAACAAUAGGAAAUCUGGGUGGGUUGUUUUGCAAAGCAGUUGUGAUUCCUGACAGGUUUCGUGAGAGAAGUGCUAUAAGAGACAUUGUUUCUGUACUCUAGUUUCCAUUCUAGUUUCCACACAGAUAACACUGGCAUGAAGAAGAUGGGCAGUGAUGCUUGAAGGGAUACACAUCUCUUCCCCUUCUACCCAUAGAUCGCCUUCUCGAACUGCUGCAUUAAGCUUGACUAUGUUCAGCUUACUUCCUGUACAAUCUUGGAGUUAAUGACCAAAAAAUCCUCCUCUUCAAAGCAUGAAAUGUUGUACUAAUACCCAACCAGGAGGCCAUGAUGACCAAAGCAGGAGUCCAUGAGGUAGAUGUAGAUGAAGUUCUCUGGAGCAAAAGAGUAUGUGCAACAGGGAACUUCUAAUGUAUGUUAAGAAACUGUUGGAUGGAAAACACCCUUGGAGAAGAUAAAUCAAAGCUGGCCUGAUCAGUAUGAGGGUAAUACAGCUGAGAGAACAGCUGGCAGUAGGCAUUGUCUCUGAAGCAAUUGCUAAGAGAUGAAAUGGCGGGGGGGGGGGUGUUGUCCCACUGGACAACUAUCUGGCUAGAUUAUAGUAAAAGUCUGUCUUGUCCAUAGUUUUGUUUCCUGAGGACCCUACACAAUGUCCAGAAAAGACAUGAUGAAGCUGGAGAAACUAUCAUUCUGAGUGUUUUAUACAGGGGGAAUGAGUGUUAGGUGGUUCCUUUCAUAGCUGGCAAGCUAAAAAUGGGCAGGCAGGGCAUUUGGAUUCACUUGGGCCUUGGAGUUGAGAGAGAAAUAGACUCGGGACAGUGUAUAAGUCUGGGUGGUGGGACUUUCCAGAGGAUAGUGGGAUGUUGAAGAACUUUAGGGUAUCACAGAGCAGGGCAUAGGUUAUGGUUUAGCCCAGUUUAAUCAGUGCACAGAGCAGUCAUGAGAUACGUAUGAUCCGUCUUCUAAGGCAGAGGAUGACAAUCCUUUUGGUCUAGGUGUGUUUUUUAGACCCACCAUGCCCAAAAACUGCAGUGAUGGGGCAACAUGGUCAUGAUGUCAUGCAAAGUUGGAGAAGCAAAAGUUACGAGGGGGAGGUGGCUGAUUUGGCUUAUUAUAUCUUUAAUUUCUUGUCUGAAAUUGGAUUGGAAUUAUAGGCUGAAUUUUCCAUGAUUUGCUGUUGGACUUUGGCAGUGUACAUCUCAGGGACCUGAAGGUUCACAAACUCACCUUGCUUCAAGUCAGAUUUGCCAUUACAUGACAAGAAAGUGUCUAUUUCAUUAUGUAAAACCAUUUCACCUACUUAAAUGUGUUGUUCGGUAAUUGGACAAUGUUUCUAUCCAUCUCAGACAAAGGAAGCCAGAUUUUUCCACUUAAUACAAUUCUCGGAAGUUAAACCAAGUAAACAGAAAUUCCUAAUUUGAAUGUCUGUUAACUUUUUGAAACUUUGGAAAACUCUCUUCAGCGGAGAAAUGUGGCUUCCUUUGCAUGGCAUGGACAGAAUAUUUGUCUACUUCCUGAAGAAAAACAAUAGCAGAACAAUAAAAAUAAAGUAUAUCUAUUUUUGUAGUUUUUAUGUAGUAACACUCAGAAAUUGAGCCAUGUUGGGGAUAGCAGUAGAUACAUAGGUUUACACAGAUAUGUGCCAAAGUCCAUCAGCAAACACGGGAUGGGACAUCUAUAUGUGUUCUGCUAAAUACUUGCAUGGAGUCAACAUAUGUGUAGCUGAACACAAUCUGUUUCUUGAAUGAUCAGGCACCUUACUAUAGCUGGGUGUAGCUGCUAGGCAGAUGUUAGUAAUGGAACUAUUGAAGUUAGCUUAUGGUAAAAUAGAAAAUCACUGCACAGGAAAAAAAUAAAUUACACAGAAUCUUAAAAUAGAACAUGCUAAUGGACCUGCAGCAACCAGCUUCUGAAAAGACACACUGAAACAAUAUUCUUCUGCUUGCCUGUUCAAAAGCAGAUAAGGAAUGGAGCCAAUCUAAGCUGCUAAGGAAGCCUGUUCUGUAUCUGAGGUGCCAGCAUACAGUAGCUAAGAUAAUUUGCUUUGGGCAUUCACUUCUAUUCAGCUGAUACUCAUCUGAACACAUACAGGGACUCCCUCCUGUGUCUGUUUCACAAACACAUCUAACGUUCUCUGAAGCACAAGUAAGCAAAGGCUGAAGGUCCAAGCAGUGUGGUUGACUGGAAUCUCCUACAGAAGCACAAGAACAUGAUGCCAAGUCUUGGCUCCCUGAUAGUCUUACCCAAAGGAAAGGUGCUAGAGUUUGUUACAGAAACUCAUGCUUGGGUCUGAAUUCCUGGUGACUCAGGGACUGGCUGUCUCUAAUCAAGGAGAAGACUGCCGUUCAAAGCCUGUAAGUUGUUUCUAGAACAGAUGUUAGGAUAUAUCAAGGAUCCAUUAGAGAUGUUUUCCAGGAGUGGAUUGUGACUGGCAAUAGGCGUAGAGUACAGGUAGUCUUCAUUUAGCGAUCACAAUUGGCACUGGCAACUUGGCCAUUAAUCAAAGCAGUCGCUAAGUGAAAGAUCAUGCUUUUACGAUCUUCCUUCAGCUUUCCUUUGGUUUACAG